ACUGUUAAACAUUUUUUCAUGAAAUAUUCUCGAAGAUGUUCCAGAUGAACACUAGUUAUUUGUUCCAGAAAUGUCGUUUCUUAAAUCGACAUUUCACCAACGGUAUGAUGCCUGUUUUAAACAAGUUAACACCUGUUACCUUGCUAUCGAAUAGAGAUGUAAACAUUUGGUCGACCCCGUUGAGUUGCCUUUGGAAAAUGAACUUGCACACCUCUACGUGCCAUUGGGCAACUAACAAAUUGAUGAAGAUGUUCGCCAACAAAAAGAGGAAGAAGUGGUAUGAAACCCCUCAACGGGGGUUACCACCCAGUCCGAUUGAUGCAUUGAAACCUCAAAAGAAAAGAAACCACGAAGACAAUGCGCGAGUACGAGUGCUGAACAGCAUCCUCCACAAGGCUGUAGCAGAUAUGCUUAGUUCUCACGAGGUUAAUUCUGAGAUACCUGCCUACGGUGUGGAAAUAUCCAGGGUUUCAUUGUGUCCAGAUUUCUCUGCUUGCCGAAUAUACUGGAAGACAAGUUGGAGCGCUGAGAGAGAUAACCAGAUUCAGCAGGCUCUUGACAAGUGUGGUCCCCGGAUACGAUAUCUUCUUAUAUCCCAGCAAAUCCUUGGCAGUUUACCACCCGUUACCUUCAUCAGAGAUAAACAGUAUGCCGCUGUUACUGAGGUUGAAAACCUUCUCAAGAGAGCUGACUUUGGUCCUCAGGAGGAUGCCAAAAAUGAGUCAUUAAACGAAGACAGAGGGGAGAUGCUACACUCCGUUGAUUCUCCAAAGACGAAAAAAACAGUCCUGUUUGGUGUCGAUCAUGAUGCUCUACAUAAACAAAUUGAGGAAUACAAACAGAGGUCAAAGGACACUCUCACCCAGACUACAACUGCAGGCCUUACUCAGCAACAGCUUGACGCACUAGCAGAGAUUCGGAAGCAAAAAAUCAUAGAGAAAAAGAAAAGAAAGUCCAAAAAGCUGAAAGAUGACGACAUUACCCCAAAAGCUUUCCUGUUAGCGAGGAGUAACCAAAAGGAAGAACAAGAUGAUAACAGAGGCAAUGAGUACAGCCUUGAGGACAUGCAAAUCAAGGAGCUAAUGACUGAGGAUAAUCAGAGAUAUUGAAGU